AUGAAGCUUGCUGUAGUAGUUUUUGCAUUGAUUGUUCCCGCUCAUUGUUUGAAAAUUCCACUUCCAUUUGGAGGUCUCAACCUCGGCAGAACACCAGGUGGCGAGUUUAUAGUUGGCAUUCAGCGAGGUGUUGAGGUGCUUGGCAAUGGAUACAACAGCGACACCAGUCUUGCUAUUGGCAAAAAUGCAACUUUCAACGUUAAUAAUGCCCAUGAUGUAUUGGUAAAUGGACGAAAGAGUGGCCCACGAUCCUCGCUUGGAUUUGGCAAAAAUGGUUUCCAGAUAGGUUCUGGGUUUUCUGUGCUGGAGCCGUCAAAGGUAGGUUUCAGCUUGUAA